AGGAACCCAAAAGCCCCUGAUUUCAAACACAAAGAUACAGGGGAAGCUCUAUGGAUCGAAGGCAGAUACAAUCCGCCAUGGGUCAAGUCCCAACUGGAAAUAAUGGACGCAAGAAUGGGGUCUAAUGCUGGUCACAACGCUAGGGUGCCUGUACAUAUGGUCGCUGCAGAUGAAAUCUUGUCUUUCUAA